UUGCGUACCAACCUGUUUAAUGUUAUUGGAUAUGAGGAUAAUGAGAAUUUAGAACAACGAACUCAACCUGAUUCUUAUAUAGAACAACAAUGUUUUCAUGGUGAUGUUAACUUGAGCGAGGAGAUGAAAUCAUUUAGUAUACUAGCACAAGAAAGAAAACAAAUGCUUAUUAAAAAUACCUUAUUGCAGCAAACUAAUACUAAUGUUUGGCGUCCAAUUCUAGUAACAGAACAAGAAGCUAAUAUACUAAAAAAUGAAAAUACAAUAAGAAAAGAAGAACUCAUUGCAAUUAUUAAUUCAGUACUUAUCUCACUUCCUGAUUCACAACGCACGAA